AUCUGUAGAGAUGUGAUUGUGCAUGUGGUGCGGUGUGUAGAGUCGACAGGACUCUUUACUGUAUUAGUUGGUCAUUACUGGGGGAGAGUUAGCUAGCUACUAAUACGGGGAUUGAUAAACCUGAAUCAUGCACAUCGUCAUUACAUCUAACUGGGAGUGGAGCAGAAAUUGUGCAAGAUACGGAUAGGAAUUUUCUUUGGUUAUAAAGAUUGCGCGGUUGUUGCUCCGAGUCAAGUUUCCAGCAAGUCCCCUAUUCCAUAAUGCUUCACGAGGACUCGACUCAUUGGAACCAUUGUGAUGUGCAAAUUUGCUCACUUGUGUUUAAUGUUGAAGCGGUGAGGCUGGGAUAAAACGGGAAUAUUAGCAAACAAGAAGCAUUGGCGCGGAUACAUUUUAGUUGUAGACUUUCUGUGAUUUCUGAAGUCAAGCAGGAAGGUGUGGACGAUAGUUGUAGUUGUGAUCCAGCUAAAAUCCGCCUGAAACAUGGGGAACGCAGGGAGUAUGGACCAACAAACUGAUUUCAGGGGACAUAACAUGCCUUUGAAACUGCCUGUGCCGGAGGCAGGUGAAUUGGAGGAGAGAUUCGCAAUCGUUUUGAAUUCUAUGAACCUUCCUCCAGACAAAGCGCGACUACUGCGGCAGUACGACAAUGAGAAAAAGUGGGAGCUCAUCUGUGAUCAGGAACGAUUCCAAGUGAAGAACCCACCUCACACAUACAUCCAGAAGCUGAGGGGCUAUCUGGACCCGGCCGUCACCAGGAAGAAAUUCAGACGGAGAGUGCAGGAGUCCACCCAAGUCCUGAGAGAACUGGAAAUUUCAUUAAGGACAAAUCACAUAGGGUGGGUGCGAGAAUUCCUAAACGAAGAAAACAAAGGUCUGGAUGUACUGGUGGAAUAUCUUUCUUUUGCACAGUACGCUGUCACGUUUGAUGGCGACAGCGUGGAGAACAACCCGGAGAACUCGGUGGACAAGCCCUGGAGCAGAUCCAUAGAGGACCUGCAUGGGGGGAGUAACCUCCCGUCCCCCAUCAACGGGAACAGCAUCUCCCGCGCCGGGCGACACUCCACGCUACGUUGCAACACGUUGCCAAGCCAGAGAACUCUAAAGAACUCCCGACUGGUCUGUAAAAAGGACGACGUUCACGUCUGCAUCAUGUGCCUGCGAGCCAUCAUGAACUACCAGUACGGCUUCAACAUGGUGAUGUCCCACCCGCAUGCUGUGAAUGAAAUUGCACUAAGUCUCAACAAUAAGAAUCCCAGAACCAAAGCUCUGGUGUUGGAGUUACUAGCCGCGGUGUGUCUCGUCAGGGGAGGACACGAAAUCAUCCUCUCUGCGUUCGACAACUUCAAGGAGGUGUGUGCUGAGACACAGAGGUUCGAGAAGUUGAUGGAACAUUUCAAGGACAUGGAUAACAACAUUGACUUUAUGGUGGCAUGUAUGCAGUUCAUCAACAUCGUGGUCCACUCGGUAGAGGACAUGAACUUCAGGGUUCACCUGCAGUACAACUUCACCAAGCUCUGUCUGGACGACUACCUGGAUAAGCUGAAGCAUACAGAGAGUGACAAGCUGCAGGUCCAGAUCCAAGCUUACCUGGACAACGUAUUUGACGUGGGCGCCCUGCUGGAGGACGCCGAGACCAAGAAUGCCGCGCUGGAGCGCGUGGAGGAGCUGGAGGAGAACAUGUCACAUAUGACGGAGAAGCUGCAGGACACGGAGAACGAGGCCAUGUCCAAGAUCGUGGAGCUGGAAAAACAGCUGAUGACGCGCAACAAGGAGCUCGACUCCGUCCGGGAGGUGUACAAGGACGCCAACUCGCAGGUUCACACACUGCGGCGGAUGGUGAAGGAGAAGGACGAGGCCAUCCAGAGGCAGUGCAACCUGGAGAAGAAGAUCCACGAGCUGGAGAAGCAGGGCACCAUCAAGAUCCAGAAGAAGGGCGACGGGGACAUCUCCAUCCUACCCUCGCCGCCCGCCCCCGGGGGCCCACUGGUGGCCGGAUUUAAGGGUGUACCAGGGGCCUAUAACGGGGGUGCGGUCUGCCCGAUGGGGUCGAAUGGGAUCCCGGGGAUGCCUGCGCCACCCCCGCCCCCUCCUCCUCUCCCACCGCCUGUGCCUCCUCCUCCCCCGCCUCCCCCGCCUCCCCCCGGCCCUAUGGAGGUGUCUGCCCCCCCGCCCCCGCCUCCACCCCCCAUGGCCCCCCCGCUGCCCGGCUGUGGAUCCCCCACCGUCAUCUUCAACUCAGGGUUAGCAGCCGUGAAGAUUAAGAAGCCUAUCAAGACCAAGUUCCGUUUGCCGGUGUUGAACUGGGUGGCACUGAAGCCCAACCAAAUCAACGGCACUGUGUUCAACGAGAUCGACGACGAGAGGAUACUGGAGGACCUGAACGUGGAUGACUUUGAGGAGAUGUUCAAGACGAAAGCCCAGGGCCCGGCCAUCGACUUGACAAUGAGCAAGACCAAGGUCAUCCAGAAGGGUCCCAACAAGGUGGCGCUGCUGGACGCCAACCGGGCCAAGAACAUGGCCAUCACCCUGAGGAAAGUGGGCAAGGCCCCCGAGGAGAUCUGCAAGGCCAUUCAGCUGUUUGACCUGCGCACCCUGUCGGUGGACUAUGUGGAGUGUCUGAUGCGCUUCCUGCCCACGGAAAACGAGGUGAAGAUCAUGCGUCAGUACGAGAAGGAGAAGAAGCCAUUGGAGGCGCUGACGGACGAGGACCGCUUCAUGAUGCACUUCAGCAAGAUAGAGCGGCUCAUGCAGAAGAUGACCAUCAUGGCCUUCAUAGGCAACUUCUGCGAGAGCGUGCAGAUGCUGACACCGCAACUUCAUGCGAUCAUCGCUGCAUCUGUGUCAAUAAAAUCCUCACAGAAACUCAAGAAAAUUCUUGAGAUUAUCUUGGCUCUCGGAAACUACAUGAACAGCAGUAAAAGGGGAGCAGUAUACGGUUUUAAACUACAAAGUUUAGAUUUGCUACUAGACACCAAGUCGACAGACCGGAAAAUGACACUGUUGCACUACAUAGCCAACGUGGUGAAGGAGAAAUACCACCAAGUCAAUCUGUUCUACAAUGAACUGCAUUAUGUGGAGAAGGCUGCAGCAGUGUCGUUAGAGAACGUUCUGCUGGAUGUGAAGGAGCUCCAGCGGGGAAUGGACCUGACCAAGAGAGAAUACAGCAUGCAUGGUCACAACACCAUGCUCAAAGACUUCAUCACACACAACGAGGGCAAGCUGAAAAAGCUGCAGGACGACGCCAAGAUCGCACAGGACGCCUUCGACGAGGCGGUCAAAUUCUUUGGCGAGAAUUCCAAAACGACGCCCCCGUCCGUGUUCUUCCCGGUGUUUGUGCGCUUUAUCAAGGCCUACAGGCAAGCGGAGGAGGACAACGAGCAGAGGAAGAGAGCGGAGCAGGUGAUGAUGGAGAAGCUUCUGGAGCAGGAGGCCAUGAUGGACCAGGAGCACCAGAAAUCUCCGUCCCAUAAGAACACCAGGAGCAGGAGUCAGCAGCAGGAGGUGAUAGCUGAGCUGAGGAAGAAGCAGGUGAAGGAUACGGGCAGCCGCCACGUCUACGAGGGCAAGGACGGAGCCAUCGAGGACAUCAUCACCGAUCUUCGCAAUCAGCCUUACAGGCGAGCCGACGCGGUGAGGAGGAGCGUCAGGAGACGCUUUGAUGACCAGAACUUGCGGCCGGUCAACAACUCUGAAGUCGUAAUUUGACGAGGGAAAAGUGCAUGUGCUAGGGGAGGGGUGAAGAGGGGGAGUGAUGUGGAGAGUGUAGCAGCGUCUCACUCUGAAGGACUGAAGGAGAGAUAGAUGGACUGAAAGAGAGCUAGAUGGACUGAAAAAGAGAUAGAUGGGCUGAAAGAGAGAUAGAUGGGUCUGAAAGGUCAGUUAUAGUGAACCUUAGACAAGCCAAGUGCCUAAAACUUGUUGUUUUGUCUCCUGUUUGUCUGUCUGGAGAUUUUUUUUACUUCAAGCAAUACAACUUGACCUGGCUUUAACUGUAUUUUCCUUUGAUAUGUAUACUGGACACAGACGUCUGUAGCGGGGAUUCCUGAAAGAGAUUUUUCCUGAAAGAAGUGUAGAAUGUAACGGGUCACGGUUCCGCCACAGAGGAUGAAUAUGGUAUUUCAUAGCUAGUAUCUUAUUACAUUCCUGGUGCUACUGCCAUCGCUCUUGGAAAUUACACAAUGUGUUCGAGCGGCACUCUUAAGAACUAAUUAGCUUUUCCAUUGUUACUAAAGGGCUAAUGUACUUUUUAAAGGGGACAUACACUUUAUAUACAAAAGUAUGUGGACACACCUUCAAAUGACUGGAUUCGACUAUUUCAGCCACACCCGUUGCAUAAAAUC